CACUUGCUCACACACAAACACUCGAUUCCAGCAUCUCAUCCAAAUUAGAACACAUAUGGUCACAAUCCAAAGAAACAUCAAUCAUCAUCCAUGACCCCCCCUUCAACAUCUCAUCCACCCAAUUCACAAAACCCUUCAAUCUCCCCCAAAUCUUGAACCUUUUCACCCAACAAUGGAGGGCACCUUCCUCCCAAACAGACCAGCUCUCCCUCUACAACUAACCAAACCCACACAAUCAAACCCACAACAAAGACAUGGGUUCAACCCCACAACUCUCCCGCCACAACCACCAUCACCAAAAUCUUUCGCCAUUGACCCACUGUUGCAACACCUCAUCCACCUCUCAUCUCCGCCGCCUCCCGCCACCACCCACAAUCAGAAGCCUAUCCAAUCUGUGAAAACAAGCAAUACCCAUGUGCUAAAAACAAGUAAUUUGUCAAGAAAACAUGGAUUCAAGAAUACCCAUUUCAAGAAAAGUUGUACAAGUUCAGUUCUUACCCUUGAAGAUCCAAAGAUUGAAUCUUUGGAUGUUGAUGAUGUUGAAAAUGUUGAAAAGUCUCUUGCUUUUCUUUCAAAAGAGGGUAAGUUUGUGUUGGAUUGUAUUUUGGAACAGUCUUUAUCUGGUUUGAAUGUGUUUUUGUAUUCUGUUAAGUUUAAGCUGGUUGAGGUUGAUUUGGUUAGUGUGAUUAAGGGUUUGGAUCUUUUAGGCAAUUGGGAAAAAGCCCUUUGUUUGUUUGAAUGGAUGGUUGAGUGUUCAAAGAGUGGUCAAAGUAGUCAAAGUGGUCAAAGUUUGAAUCUUGAUAAUCAAGUUGUUGAAUUGAUGGUGAAGAUAUUGGGUAGGGAGUCACAACAUAGAACGAUUUCGAACUUGUUUGAUGAGUUUGAUGUCUUUGAUGUUGUGGAUUGUUCGCUUGAUGUUCGGGCUCUCACUACGAUACUCCAUGCGCAUUCGUGUAGCCGGAAGUACCAUAAGGCGAUUCAUAUGUUUAAGCGGAUGAAGGAACACGGACUUUCGCCGAAUUUGGUUACGUACAAUGUGAUGUUGGAUGUUUACGGGAAAAUGGGUCGUUCGUGGGAUAAAAUAUUGGAUCUUUUAGUUGAAAUGAAAGCCGAAGGGCUUGAAUUCGAUGAGUUCACGUGUAGUACGGUGAUAUCCGCAUGUGGUAGAGAAGGAUUGUUAGAAGAAGCGAAGAGCUUUUUCGCAAAUUUAAAAGCGCAAAACUAUAAACCGGGAACCGUUACUUACAAUUCUUUACUCCAAGUGUUUGGGAAAGUGGGUAUGUACUUAGAAGCGUUAAAUAUCGUAAAAGAAAUGGAGGAAAACAAUUGCCCGUUGGAUUUAGUUACUUAUAACGAGCUUGUAGCCGCUUAUGUGCGAGCGGGAUUCAAUGAAGAAGGGGCUAAUGUGAUAGACACAAUGAUCCAAAAGGGCGUGAAACCAAAUGCAAUCACGUACACAACGGUUAUAGAUGCGUAUGGGAAAUGUGGAAAUGCAGAAAAGGCGUUGAAAUUGUUUAAUCUAAUGAAGAAAUCCGGUUGUGUACCUAAUGUUUGUACGUAUAACUCGAUUCUUGGAAUGUUAGGUAGAAGAUCAAGGUCCGAUGAGAUGAUGGAGAUUCUUCUCGAUAUGAAAACGAAUCGCGUUUCACCUAACCGUGUCACGUGGAACACGAUGCUUGCUAUGUGCGGUAAUAAGGGUAUGCAUCUUCACGUAAAUUGGGUUUUACGAGAGAUGAAAAGCUGCGGUUUUGAGCCGGAUAGAGACACUUUCAAUACGUUAAUAAGCGCGUACGGGAGAUGUGGGUUGGAAGUCGAUGCUAACGAAGUUUAUCAAGAAAUGAUAAAAGUCGGUUUUAAUCCGUGUGUUACAACUUACAACGCGCUUUUGAAUGCUUUGGCUCGUAAAGGAGAUUGGAAAGCAGCCGAAUCGGUUAUUCUAGACAUGAAAAGUAAAGGGUUUAAGCCGAGUGAAACAUCGUAUUCGUUGAUGCUUAACUGUUACUCAAAAGGGCAAAAUCUAAAAGGGUUAGAUUUAAUGGCAAAAGAAAUAUACGAAGGUCGAAUCUUUCCAAGUUGGAUGCUUCUUAGAACGCUAAUUCUCGCAAAUUUUAAGUGUCGAUCGCUUACGGGGAUGGAAAAAGCGUUUCACGAACUAUCAAAACACGGGUAUAAACCCGAUCUCGUUAUAUUCAACUCUAUGCUCUCGAUUUACGCACGAAACAGGAUUUACGACGAGGCCCGCAAGAUGCUAAAUUUAAUCUACAACAGCGGGUUGCAGCCGGAUCUUGUCACGUUCAACACGUUAAUGGAUAUGUAUGCAAGAACGGGCGAGUGUUGGGAAGCUGAAGAAAUCCUUAAAAACAUACAGAAGUUAGGUAGACAACCGGAUCUUGUGUCGUAUAAUACCGUUAUUAAAGGGUUUUGUAGACAGGGUUUGAUGGAGGAAGCUAGAAGGGUACUUUCGGAAAUGACAAAUAACGGGAUUCGGCCGUGUAUUGUUACUUACAACACGUUUGUUGCGGGGUUUGCGGCUCAGGGGUUGUUUUCGGAAGUUAAUGAUGUGAUUAGUUACAUGAUUGAGCAUAGCUGCAAGCCGAAUAUGUUGACUUAUAAGACGAUUGUGGACGGUUAUUGUAGAGCUAAGAAGUAUCAGGAAGCGUUAGAGUUUGUGGGGAAUAUUAGAAAAACCGAUAGUUCUUUUGAUGAGCAGAAUCUGCGAACGCUUGCUUCUCACGCUCGGUCAAGCGUUGUUUUGUGACCAACGUAAAAUAAACCGAUAGAUCUUUUGUUGUUCGUGCGCCCGUUGCUGAUGUCACCCUUGGAAUGAAGGGCUUAUGUUGUGUUUAUUCAAGAUAGCAGAUGCUGAAGUGCUGAACCUCAUUGAAGGAAAAAAGGCUUCAAGAAAUAUAAGAGGAUGAAGGGUGCUAUGUUUCCGGUUCAUUUUUUUUUGUAUAGUUAUCGGUCGAUAGGCAAUUUCCAUUUUUAGAUCGAAAUAUUCAUGUAAAUUUUUGUAAUUUAUGUGUUCUUGAUGAGAACCACCAAGGUUUAUGUACACUUUAAAUGGGAGAUUUGUUGUUGGGAUGGAUCACUUGUGAAUUGUGAUACAAGAACAAUAAUAAUGUUAUAUACUUUAAGUUAUGCAAUGAAAGCUAUAUUUUAUUUCACA